GCUCUGAUAAAUAUUUUUUUUUUUUUUAUUUCCCCUAAUUUAUUAAUUUCUUGAAUAAUUAUGUUCGUAUCUUUUUAACGUUCCACCUUAACCGUUAAGUCACACAACCUCCACCAUGUCAUCGCCGGUCAUUGCGUCCCUAUUUCCCGCGGCCGCUCCGCCGCCUGCACACUCACAACCACCACCUCCUCAACUCUCACAACCCGAAAUAAGCACUGUCUCACGCCGCGCCGCCGCUGUUUUGCUCUCCUCAGUCAUCAUUCCCAUCCUCCGACCACCUCUCGCCUCCGCAUUCUCAAUUGGCAUCUCAGGACCAAAGGAGUGGCUUAAGGAGCAGAAGAAGAAGUCCUCCAAAUUUCUGUUAGCUCCGGUUGAUGCUUCACGCAACAUCCUUCAGUCAGCCUACCUUUUGCUCAUGAAAAGUGAAGCAGAGUUUGGUGAAAGUGAAUUGGACGAAGUUCAGAAUUUGUUGGUUUCUGCAGCUAGAGAUUGUGUUCCUCAGGAUAGAAAUUCUUUCGUUGAGUUCCAAGCCAGUACUGGAGUAGAGGUCUGCACAUUUAAGUUGAUUGUGAAAAAUGCGUCGUCCUUGCUUGGCGACAGAGACCCUCUCAAGCUAGAAGCUGAAUCCAAGCUCAAUGAUCUCAUAAGAUCAUUUUCUUCUCUUAGUGACAUGGCUAGGGAAGGAAGUGUUCAACUUACUUUGAACAGCAAACAAAGAGUUGUAGAUGCACUUAAGGAUACUAUAUCUUCACUAAACAGCUUUGAGCAGGGUAUCAUGGACUGUCUCCAAGUUUGAUCAUUCCACCUCUUGCUAAAAUGUUAUUGAAACGACUUCUUUUAAAUGUAAACUAAUACAUUGCAAAACAGGUGUCUUAUUUACAAUUAUUAACACCAAAAUGUUACAA